CAGUUUCAGCUGCUGCAACAACUUUCUGUGACCCAAAAAGUUGCAAAGUUGAAAGCAUUCGAGCUAGGAAUGGAGGCUCUUGGUACCGUGGAUGACCUCUUGGAUUUCUCAUCCGACGUAGGUGAGGAUAAUGAUGUUGUUGUUGACAGAUGCAGGAAAGGAUUUCCUUGUAACCCAGAAUGCAAACAACCUUCAUUCACUCCGUUGGCCAUGGAUGAUCCUAACUAUUCAUUCUCUGAGUUCGCCGAGGAAGAGCUUGAAUGGUUGUCCAAUAAAGACGCAUUUCCUGCUGUCGAAACAUUUGUCGACAUACCAUCUAUUCGGCCUAACAUGUCAAAGCACCAAGGGACAGCCUCGGUGCUUGAAUAUAGAAGGAGCAUCCCCAAUAAUAACUGCACUAACAACAUUACACUCUUAAACGGCUUUGAUCACCUGAAGGUCCCUGUCCGAGCAAGGAGCAAGUACCGUAGUAGGCCUCGCCUGGCUAUUGCUGACGUCUCAAGUCAUCAGUCCUGGUGGAGACUAUCUAGUAGAGAAAUUUCCGGAGCAGAAGUGAUAAAAAUCCCAACCAUUGGGAGGAAAUGUCAGCACUGUGGAUCUGAAGAAACUCCACAGUGGCGAUCCGGUCCGCUUGGGCCAAAAACACUUUGUAAUGCCUGUGGGGUUAGGUUCAAGUCUGGUCGGCUCGUCCCGGAGUACCGUCCUGCAACCAGCCCAACUUUUCGUCACGAGUUGCAUUCUAAUUCCCAUAGGAAGAUUAUCGAGAUGAGGAAGCAGAAGCAAAUGGGAAUGGUUUGAAGGCAAUGGAUCACAAAAGGCGAUUUGAUAGUGUGCAGUGCUUGUAACAAUCAGCAGCUCAGUAGUUUUGUUUCGAUUUAUUCUAAUUAUUUGUUUCUUUUUCUGGGUCCAUUUUUUCUGUGGGGUUGGUUAGAUCAAAAUCAAAUUUCUUGAGGAAAAAUCAAACUAGGGAGGUCGUAAAACUAUGUAUCCCAUUGUUACGCUAUAAACAAGAAGCCAGCUUAGGAUUAUUAUUCUUUUAUUUUGCUGCUUUUAGGCAUGUAUUCUGUACUUUAUUUGGGAGAAGCUCUUAUACUUGUCUUGAACUAAUU